AUGUCAUUUAAUGCACAAUACAGAUUAUUAAAUCAAAAGAGAAGUCAAAACUUUAGAGAGACUCAUAUUCCUGAGAGUGACAAGAAGACUGGUCCUAGGUCUUUAUUUAAAGCCCUAGGUAAGAACAAUCCUGCAACGAUUCCAUUUGCUGGUAUAGCUGGCCAUCUUAAUCAUGUUAUUGGAGAUCAAUCAAUAACAAGGAUGUUGAGUGGCAGGACCAGGGAUCAGAGGUGGCGUAAAAAUCAACCAUUUACAGUUGGUAAAGGGUUAACUAAUGAUGGUAUCAAAUUGCUGGGCAAUAAACUGGCAGCUAUGACUAUUGCUGACCUAGAAAGUAUGCUAGAGAUGAAGAAUGUUGAUCCAUUAGAAGUCUUGAAACUUACAAAUGAAAUUAGAGAUUUAGCAAAAGCUUUGCUGUCAGAAUUAAUUUCAAAAAUCCUAGAUGGAGAUGGAAAUGAGUUUAAAUCCUUUGAUUUUAGUCUGGAUGGAGAUUUCUCUUUGCCUAGAAAGCAAGUCACUUUUUUCACAGUAAACCUUCCUUUUCCGUUCGGGCUAAUCUUUCGUAUACAUUUGGAGUUUUAUAGUGGUGCAUACUGGGGAGUCAAUGUUAUUGUUGGUGUGAAGAUUUUCAGCAUGACGGUUUUUACUGAAGUUGAACCAUAUGCAAGCCUUACUGUUAAAGGACGUGUUGGCCUUUGUAUUCUUUCACUCUGUUGUAAUCUUCAACUUGAAGGAAUGCUCAUGGAUUUACGAUUUCCUUCCGGAGCUGAGAUCUCAUUUAAUAAGUUUCCUAUCGAUGUUGGAAUAUCUAUGUACCUGAGGUUAAUUCCAAUCAAAUUACGACUUUCUGUGUUGAUUCAAGUUGAGUUUACUGUCACAAUUAUAUUUAAAACUUUAACAUAUAAAAAGGUGUUACUUAAGAGAGAUUUAUGGGCUUAUGAAGCACCAACCAUCAGCGCUAAAAUUGUGGAUACAAGAAAAAAGGAAAAUGAUUAUACACCACCAGAGAUAAAAGAAUUUGUGGACGAUCCUUCUAAAAGACGAAAACGAUCAUCAGGAGGGUGCAUAGUAAGACAGAUAGCUGACCAAGAUUACACAGAACCUCUUUUUGAAGUAUCAGUCAGAGCAGAGGAUGAUAAAAGUGAUGUUACACUUUACCUGAAUGUAGGAACACGCCCUGGCGGUGUUGAUGUGUUGAAUGAAAAGCAGCUUGGUGGUCCCUCGACAAUAAUUAAUGAUAGGUUAUCAGAAUCAGGUGUUCCUUUGUAUUUCACUGUGAUAGCCGAAAAUAGUGCUGGCAUGAGAUCCAGAACAUCAUGUUAUUUACCGACAUAUGAUUUGACAUUACCGGACGGAGGUUUUCGAGAAGAAUUUAUAACGUCAAGCAAUCCUGAUGAACUUAAAGCUGCACUUAAGAUAAGUGAAGAUUCAGAAAUCUAUCAUAAAAUGUUAGGAGUUGGGUACGGAAAAGAUAUUUAUGGAGAUCAGAUUAUUCGCUGGAGUGAUGUUGUUCUGCAGGUUUACAGUCAUGGUAGCAUUGGUGAUGACCCUUUCAAUCAUAAGGUCCUAGAAAAAAUGUUCACAGGAAUGAGAACAGGCAGGCUAAUAGGACCAAAAGCUGGUCCUGAUAGGGAAACUGCCACAGAAGGAGACUGUGCCAGAUACUGUGCUGACUUUCCUGUCACAAAGUGCUUAAGUUUUAAUUAUGACUUUGGAACUGGUACCUGUGAAGUUAUGGAAGCUAUUGAAAACAAAAGAUAUAAACUAUCUAAGUCUAAACUUUUUGAACAUUUUGAAAAAGUGGGCGGAAUGACACAACAGUUUGUUUAUCAAAAUCUUUAUCUGAAGCACAAUUCAUUAAUAUUUUUUAACUUUUGGGUGAAGAAUGUGUUGAAUUAUGAAAACGUGAUCAGCUCCAAAGGAAUACUUAUUGAUCUUACAAUACCAAAUCCAGGAUUAAUACAAAAUUCUACAUCCGAUUAUACAGAGAAAGUUCCUUGUUUAACUCUGAUACCUGAGCACAAUAGACCUGACUGGACAAUUCACUGUAGAGGGGUUAACCCUAGAGUCAAAAAUCACAGAUUAAUUAUUGAUGGACCAGGAUCUAAGACAGUUUUCAAUGGACCAGAACAAGAGACAGGAACAUAUUAUACAAAAGCAAAUAGAUAUAUAUCAGCAAACUGGGAUGGUUUCCAUGACCAUGAUACGGGAAUCCUUGGAUUCAGUGUCACAGUUGGACAAUCAAUAUGUGAAGAUUUAAUCCACCCUCAUCAUGAUCCACAUUUCCAUCUGUUUGAUAAAUCGCAAUGGACACAUUCUACUAUGAUCUCACCCAUUCCUGUACCUUUUACAAUACUUCCAGAUGGUCCAUAUUAUAUUACUGUAAGAGCAUUGAACAAUGUAGAGUAUGGAGGACCAUUAGCAGUUACUGUUUGUCAUACAGCGCAAUAUAUUGUUGAUAUGUCACCACCAUUUGUCUGGGAACUUUUUAACAUUCGAUACAAUGAAGAUACAUUUGAACUGAAAGCAACCCACAACUCAAGUGACCCCGAUUCUGGUUUGGAGUAUAAUGACUUUUGUCUUGGUUUAACCAGGAGAGAUUGUAAUGAAUUAAGUUGGACUCGAUUGGACUUUAACCCUAAUAUAUCAUACAUCACACAACUGACCGAUGGUAUUCCUAUAUGGUUAAAAGUUAAAGCAGUUAACAGAGUGGAUUUGAGAACAAAGCGUGUAGCAGAUGCACCAAUCAUAGUAGACAAAACUCCACCAAUAGCUGGACAUGUAUAUGAUGGACCUUUAUAUGAGACUGAUUUAAUGUAUACAAAAGAGUCAGAACAGCUUUGCUCGAACUGGCAUCGCUUUUAUGAUCCAGAGUCAGGGAUUGGCUAUUACAUGGUUAGUGCUGGAUCAGAACCAGAUAUUAACGUAACAUAUGUUGCAAACUUGACGGAAUAUGAUAGACGAACACAUGAAGUUUGUAUUGGACUAACUGCGGACAACUACCUUAAACAUGGACAGACAUAUUACACAACUGUUUGGGCUUUCAAUGCAGGAAUCAAAAUAAGAAAUGUAUCGGCGAUUUCCAAUGGAGUUACUAUUGAUCUGACAAAACCUGUGCCAGGAAGUGUAAUAGACGGAAUUUAUGAAGAUUUUAGAGACCUUCAGUUUUCAGCCAGUCCUGCAAAGGUUGAAGUACAGUGGAGAAAUUACACUGACCCAGAGUCUACAAUUCAUCAGUAUGAGAUUCGAGUACAGUCUUCAAAUAAUGGUUCAAGUGAUUUUCAUAUAAUUAGAAACUGGGUGACAUUUAAUAAUGAAACUGAGAGUGUAAGAUGGUUGAACUUUCAUCUGCAUCACAAUGAUUACAUCACCUUGACACUGAGAACAACAAAUGGAGCUUUAAACUCUAUUAUUAAUGAAACGGAUGGGUUUCUUGUUGAUCUGACUCCUCCUGAGCUGAUUUUUAUGAGGGAUGGUACUGAUGACAAAGAAGAUGCUGAAUUUCAGUCUAAUAUGACAGCAUUGUCAGCACGGUUCAAGUUUAUUGAUGAGGAAUCAGGCAUUGGGCAAAUUAGAGUUCAGAUUUUCCAAAAACAUCAUGGAAUCAGAUCACAAAUUUUACCAGUAAAUCGAAGUGAAUGGAUUGAGGUUCCCGAUGAUGAAUUAGAGAGUAUGCAGUUUACCGUACCUGAUCUGUCUCUCAAGCAAGGAGGAUUCUACAGUAUGAAAAUAGGAGCUGUAAACAAUGCUGGAAUGAUUGCAGCGUUUGAAACAAAUGGUGUUUUGAUUGAUACGACUUCUCCAAAGAUAUAUUGGCUGCGAGUGGGUGAACUUGUGGGUGACAGAGAGGAGAAAAUCAAUGGUUUUGUAUGGCAAGCAGAUACAUCUGGCAUUAAAGUUGCUUGGUAUGCUGUUGAUCCACAGUCCGGCAUAAAAGAAUACCUGGUUUCCGUUGGUACCAAAAAAGGAGGAACAGAUAUUCUAAGUUGGAAAUCUGUAGGUACUAUAAAUGAUGCCUAUAUUAAUGGUCUUUCCCUGACCGUGACGGAUGCGGAUACUAAAUGGCCAGUUUAUUAUGUGACAAUGAAAUCUGUAAAUGGUGCAGGAAUUAUCAGUGAAUCUGUUGUAUCUUCUCCUAUUAUUGUAGUAGAUGAAGACCAACCUGGCAUUGUUGUAGAUGGAACAGACAGCUCAUAUACAGUUGGAAAUGAUAUCAACUACCAGUCUGAUGCAUCUACAGUAUCAGUACAGUUCAGUGAAUUUACCAGCCACUUACAUGGUGUAAUGUCCUAUGAGUGGUCAGUAGGCACAACACCAACAGCAGAAGAUGUUCUGCCAUUUACCUCUCAUGGAAUUGUUCAUAAAGAGGAGAAUAAUGUAAAGGGGGACGGUGUGACAAGUGCUGGUUUUGCUCAUACAACAGUACAAUUACAGCCAAAUGUAACUUAUUACACUACUGUUAGAGGAAUAACAAAUGUUGGAAAUGUCCUGGAGUCUGUAUCUGAUGGAUUUACUGUUGAUUGGUCACCUCCAACUGUUGUUGUGGACAGGCUGACUGAUAAAAUCUCUUCAGAGACAAACAUAGGAGCAGGAUCAUCCAUGUAUCAGAAAACACCAGAUGCUCUAUCUGCAAUGUGGCAUUACAAUGAUAGAGAAGGCAAAGUAAAAAGAGCAUGGUUUUCUGUGGGAACAUAUCCGUAUGGCAGUGAUGUUCAUGAAAAACGAGAAGUUAAUAUCUCUUUCACACAAACAAGUAACUUGCCAUUGGCAUCCGUGUUGCCAGAUCUGUCAGGAAAACCAAAUAUAAUCAGUAUUUGGGCAGAAAAUGAAGCCGGUCUUCUGGGGCGAAUUAUAUCAGGAGGAGUGAUAUUUGAUACAACAUCACCGGGUCCAGGUGUUGUUAAAUGUCCAGAGUAUGUAGGGAUAUUGGUUCCUAUUCAUUGUAAGUGGACAGGAUUCCUAGACAGUGAAAGUCCUGUUCAAAGAUAUUUAGUUGCGAUGGGAUCGGAACAAGGUGCUGCUAAUGUUUAUUCUAUGGAGAUACCAGGGUAUUUUACAGAACAUUCUAUUCAAGGAGUCACAAAGCAACUGACACAUGGUAAAUCGUAUUAUGUUACUGUGACUGCCGUUAACAUGAUUGGUUUGGAAACGUACGGCUUCUCUGGAUCAAUUGCUAUAGAUACCACUCCACCAAAAUAUGGUAGAGUUAUCGAUUUACAUACAACAUACAGGUUAGAUGUGACAGAUAAUGAAGUAACUGUCAACUUAAAUGCCAAAGUGUGUGAUGAAGAAGAAGAGUGCGAUUCACUUGAUGCUACAUGUUCAGAAUCUUUAUCAACUGUAUCAGUAACGUGGCAACCAUUCAGUGAUUAUGAAUCAGGAAUUGUUAGAUACCAGAUAGCAGUAGGAACAACUCCUGGAGGAGGACAGAUAAGGUCAUUCUUCGACAUACCAAUAGAUGCCCAAUAUCAUACAGUGAAUGGUCUUGAUUUAAUGGGAUAUAGAACGGUGUAUGUAUCAGUUAAAGGUGAAAAUGGAGCAGGAUUAGCUAGUGUUGCUACUUCAAAUGGAUUACAUCUAUCAUAUUUAAGUCAAGGACUACCACCUGUGUCUCAUAUUGGAAUAAAUGACGUUCUUAGGAACUCAAUAGGAGAUGUAGAUUUUCAGGAAAGUUCUGACACCUACAGAGCAUCGUGGAUUGUGUCUGGUGAUCCAUGUUCCGUUCAGAAAUAUGAGUGGCAGGUACAAAGACUUGAUGGUCAGAUCAUACAGCAAUGGCUGGAUAUGGGAUUGAGAACCUCUGGAAUGAAUGAUGAACUACACAUGGAAAGUGGAGCUUUGUACUAUUCAUUACUAAAAGUAACCAAUGCUUUGAAUUAUACAUAUAUUAUAAGAUCUAAUGGUGUAACAAUUCAACAAGACCCACUUAUACCUGGGAAAGUAUUUGAUGGAGAUAUAACUGGAUAUGAUCUAAACUUCCAGCCAUCUAGGACAAGGAUAUCAGCUAACUGGGAUGGUUUUGGGUUACCUGCUGCAGCUAAAGCACAGUUUGAUGUUAUUUCAGGAAAUCCUGGACUUCAUGUUAACCAAGGAAUACUUGAGGAACAAAAUGACAACCAACAGGUUACCUACUAUGAAGUAGCUGUAGGAACUGACAGAAGAUUUCCUAAAACUAGGGAUAAUAUUGUACCAUUUACUGGUGUUAGCAGGAAUACAUCCAUAACCUUUUAUAACCUUGAUCUGGUUCCUGGUUCAGGAUUGUAUUAUUUUACUGUUAAAGCCUAUAGUGCAUCUUACUCCAUUGCUACUGUAACAUCUAAUGGAUUUCGUGUUGGAUUUGAUGGCAGUAUCGCAGCUGGGAAAAUAAUAAUGGCAGAUUUUGUGAAGAACAGAACACAAGUUGGAGUACAGUUUGAAGGAUUCCAGUCUAAAUUAGAUAUACUAAUGUAUUAUGUUGCAUUAUCUAACCAUUCAGAGGCAAAUGGGACCGACUGUCAACUAUAUAUUGAAGGUGGCAAGGCAUCUAGUGAAGAUAGAGGUAGAUUGUACAAUGUAUUUUCUAUCACCAAUAUAAAUGAAAACACCUAUUACAUUUUCGAGAAUCUACAGUUGGAACAUGGAGACAGUUAUUUUGCGUGGGUAAUAGGUGUUGAUGAAUCAGGUGAAUGUGCAAUGAUUUCUCAUCAAUUUGUUGUUGAUAUGACACCCCCAAUCAACGGCAAACUAACUACAGGAUCUUUGUUUGAUAUGCCUGUAACCUACACUGUUGAUAACAGCACUAUACAAAUAUUAUGGGAGGACUAUAAUGAUCCAGAGUCUGGUAUAGAAACCUAUGAAGUUUCUCUGUGGAAUUCGACCUCAUGUUCUGAUCAAAAUAUACAAACAUUAUUGCAUGACUGGAUUGAGUUGACAAGUAAUUACACAGGGUACAAUUUUGUUGAUUUACAACUUGAGGAAGACACACCAUAUAUUGUACAAUUUAAAGUAACAAAUAAAGCAGGAUUAUACACAAUAGAAGAUUCUCCACCAGUAUUGUAUGACAUGUCAAUACCAACACAAGGGAAAGUAGUUGCUGGAAGAGAUUUCUUAAAGGAACAAGUAUGGUUCAGUUCGGGAAAAGCAGUAUCAGGUACUUUAAUACACUUGCCUAGCUCUGACGGUCCAGGAUGCCCAUCACGACAUAUAUCCAUGAUAAACGAUGGUGACUGGAAAAGACUAGAGCAAAUCGGAUUCAGAGAUCCCACCGGUACAAUAUGGAAGUUACAUCAUCGUAAAGAGAAUAUUGAUACACUGAUAUAUGACAAUGCAAUCUCUAUAAAGCUUGCUAGACAUAAUGAUAGAAAUAAAAUGCUCACAGGUGCUCUUGUUAGACCAGCUGACAUAGAAAAUGGUGGAGUAUAUCAUAUAUCUAUUAAGGCAGCGGGGGGAGAUGGACUAGGAAUCACUGGUGUCAUGUUCUGGGAUGGACCAGAAGAUGGAAUAGCUACAUUCAAUUAUGAGGAAGACUAUGAUUGGUCAGCCCAUGUUUGUGAAUGCUGUUUGAUGGAUCCAGUUCCAAUUGAUUGCAGUUACUGUAAUUGUACCGAAUAUUUAACCAACAAAUAUGGAAACAAAACAUUGCCAGUCUUAACAACUUCAACAACAACAGAACAACCAGUGAUAAAUACAACCACACAACAGUAUGAAAUAGUCAACAAUCCUGAUGGAAGUAUUGUAGAUACUCCAAUAGACACUAGUAAACCUAUCACACAGGCAGCUUGUGGUAUACAGAUCUUUUCUGGUGAUGACCCAAUGAUUGUAACCUGGUGCCAGUCUUACAACAAUACAUUUAAUCCAAUGAAGACAAAGAUGAGUUUAGAGUUUGAUCCUUCUGAACAUUUCCACGAUUUUAAGAUAGAAAUAAGACCAGAAAGAGAUGAUGCUGUUGAUAUCUCAUGGUGUUUAUUUGUGUUUGUUGAUGGAGAUGAACUAACAAUGAUGUGCGGCAUUCCAUAUCUCAGUAUCCAGGCAAAAUUAGUAUUACAUGUUUGGAAUCGUGAUAAUACAGUCCCAGAGCAUGCAGACAUGUUUAAUCGAUUUUCAACCAAAGCUUUUUUCAAAGAUCUGAUAAUGCCAGCACCACAAGGUUCCCUUUGUCGCUAUGGUGACCCAUUCAGAGGUGGAAAAAAUCCAGUUAUAAAAUUUGAAGCCGGAAUAGGAAGUGCAAAACUGUUAACUGAUGUAUCACCGUAUAUCGAAGUACUUGCACCUUGUCUACCAUGUCAAGGAAUGUGUUCUAAAUAUAUGUGUAAUUCAGCCUGCUAUGUUAAUUAUACAAAAAAUUAUGUUUUUACCUUGCAAGAUACAAACCUAGCACCAGUAAAGACAUAUGUUAAUGAAACAGGUCAUCAGGAAAAUAAGACACUGGCUUAUUAUUUAACAGUAAAAGCUGUUCUUGGAUCAGGCCUAGAAGCUACUAGCUCAUCCAGCGCUUUUUAUGUUGAUGACACACCACCGGUUUUUGACACUGAUAUAAUGAAUUCUCAAAUAUAUAUAGAUGUCACCCAAGGAGAAUUUACGCCAGUAAAUUAUCAGGCAUCUACAGAUACAAUAAAAGCAUUUUGGAGAUGUUAUGAUGAUGAAAGCCAGGUUGCGAAUAUUCAAUGGGCUAUUGGUAAAACAGUUGGAGCCGAAGACUUACAGGAAUUUCAGUCCGUUGGACGAGAAACGGUGGCAGAAAAUAAAACUUUUGAUGGAAUGUUACAUCACAAUACUUCAUAUUUUGUUUCUGUAAGAUGUAUCAAUGGAGGUGGGGCAACCACACAGUGGAAUGAAACAAAAGGAGUAAUAGUAUUGCUAGUACCACCAGAAACAGAUGAUCUGAACAAUACUUUGCCUGGAACAGAAGAAUUUCCAAAUGAAGUAUCUCCUAAAGAUGCAAGAGAAUCAACUGAUCCCACAUCUAUAGGAAUGACAUUUACUGCUAGUGAGGAUGAAUCUGUUAUCAAAUAUGAUAUGUGUAUCGGAAGUGCUGAAAACAAAGAUGACAUUCUACCUUGCCAGUGGGUUGGAAUAAAUGCUUCAGGUUCAGCAAUGAUAAAGGAUGGCUAUCUGUAUAUAAAUGGAUUUAAAGUUAGACCAUUAUCAGUAAUGCAAACUCAGAAUAAUAGCAACAGUUCAAGUGUUGAUAUGAGUGAAACAUUUCACAUGGAACCUGGUAGAACUUUGUUUAUGACAAUGCGAGUCUGCAAUGAAGCUAUGUUGUGUUCUAAUAAAUCUCUUGGUUCCGUUACUAUCACAAACAACAAGACUAAACUACAAACGUCAGAACAUGGAGAAAGUAUCCGUGUUGAUUAUGACGGGUCUUCUUCCAGAAGAGAGAAGAGAGAUACUCCAAAGUUAUCUGUGACAACUUCUGAUGGGUUAAUGCCAGGACAAAGUAUCAUGCUGCAGCCUUUAGACGUUGAGGAACUAACAACAGACUACAGAGCUGAUGUAGCACUUAAUUUCCAGCCAUAUAUCGUAAAUCCUACUGAAACUGAGGAUAUGGUAGAAAGAUUAUUGUUUAAAAGGAUGAGAUCUAUUUUAUAUUCUUUCUCAAUAACACCAGUUGGGCACCUGCCUAUGCCAGGACCUUUAAAUAUAACUAUUGAAAGUAAACAGGAUGAAGAUGAAGUUUCAAUAAUUUCUCUUAUUCAUUGGAACCCAUUUGGACAGCAGUGGAUGCUUUCAUAUAGGACAUGUGAUGGCUCUGAUGGAGUAACAAAAAAUGCAGAUGGAACUCAGACCUUUUUUGUUUGCAAUACAAGAUCAAUGCAACCAAACACCACACAUUGGAAGACACGCUUUGUUGGAGGAUCCUACUUCUCAGAAGAAACACAGUUUAUUGUUGCUGUUGUUGAUAAGAAUGUUUAUAAUUCACCACCUGUAUUAUUGAGUCCUGAUAUCUUAAUAAUGGAUGAAGAUCAAGGCACCAUACAAUAUACUCUUAUAGCUUCUGAUGAAGAAAAUGAUAUGAUUGAGUACUACAUUGAACCAUCCUUCAAUGCAUCGGAUAUAAAUGGAACAGUAUUUUUAACUAAACGUGGAAUAUUACUAUACACCCCAUGUAGAGAUUGUACUGGUAAGGAACAGAUACCAGUGGUGUUACAGGAGGUUCCGCGAGAUCACUCGAUCACUCCUAUUCAUAGAUUGAUUACGUUGACAAUCAGUGUUACACAACUGAAUGAUCCACCAAUUGUCUUCAUGACCCAGUAUGGACAAAACAUUCUUCAUGCUGACCCAACGGAACCUGUUCUGGUCUAUUUAGAGCAAAUGAAUGCUUUUAAUACAGAAAAAUGGUCCAGUGAGUUUUCUGCAACCUUUGGUGCUUAUGAUAUAGAAAAACAGGAUUUAUUUAUAUCUGUGUCAGAACCUUUACAUGGCAGAAUACUGUUAUCAAAAGCAAAAACAUCAGUGCCAGUCCUUGAAGCUUGUCCUCUUUACCGAAAUUUUACAACUGAACCCUGUGGAAAUUUUAGUCAUGAUUUACCACAUGACAAAGAUACAUUGUCCUGGAUUUAUGCUAAUAUCACAUAUAAACAGAAUAUGUCAUCAUCUGGGAAUGAUUUUGUAAAGAUCCAUAUAUCAGAUUCUUUGAAUGCAACCUCUACUGUGAUAACCAUCCAAUUUGUACUAAUGGAAUCUCCAUGUCAAAAGAAAGGAGUUUGUACACCCAAAAGAAAUUACCCUUGUAGAAGUGUACAUAGAGCAAUAGACUUUGAUAAGAACUAUGUAUGUACAUGUACUCCAGGCUACACUGGGAAAUACUGUACAGAUGAGAUUGAUGAGUGUCAAAGUUCACCAUGUGUUCCACCCUAUGUGUGCUAUGAUGUUUUGAACGGAUAUUACUGUGAUUGCCCAGCAGAUGAUCCAAACUGUGUACUUCGGGCUUGGGCAAUAUCCCUGAUAAUUCUGGCAGUAUUGAUUGUAGUUAUUUGUAUCAUUCUUGGGUCAAUUCUUCUAAGAAGAAGAUUUUACAAGAAUAAAGAACCUUUUCUCCUCUCUUGGAGAUUUAGAGAGGACAAGGAUGGGAAGGAUUAUGAUACAGAGAGCCAACUGAGUGACCAUGAAAUCUUUUUAAGAAACCUCCUAGCUAGGGAAGAUAUUCCGUAUGCAGAUCAAAAGAACAUUGAUACGGAGAGCAAAUUGAGUGACCACGAAACUGUUUCAUUUGAGGAUGCUGAUAUAGAGAGCAGACUGAGUGAUGAAGAAAUGUUUUCUAGAUGCAUCCUAGCGAUGGAUAGUAAAAAUGAUGUUGAUACAGAGAGCAAAUUGAGUGACAAUGAAAGUUUUUCAAGAAACCUUCUAGUCAGAGAAGAUGAACAGGAUAUUGAUGCAGAUAGCAUAACAAGUGACCAUGAACGCUUUUUGAGAUACCUUCUAGCCAGAGAAGACAUCCCAUAUGCAGAUCAAAAGGGUGACAUUGAACUUGUCAACCAAUUUUGAGUAUAGGAGAAAACAAGGACGUUAAAGUAGAAUAAAAUAAUGGCGCUCUGGACUCUAUACCUUUUUCUUUUAGUACAUAUUGUAAAACUAUAUCCUAUAGACAUAUUUAUAAGCAUUGAAAAUAAAUAGCUUGAUUAAAUGUU